UUGUGCGUUUGCCGAGGCACCUGGUCGCCACCAGUGAGAAGUCUGUGCUCACAUUACACUGAUCUCCCCUGAAGCCUGUUUUCAUUUCGGUCAUUUUAGUUUAUUCAGCCAACUGUAGUCUAUCUGUAAGUCGGUCCUUUACUUCGAAAGUUUAUUCCUUAGAUUGAUCUUUGUAAUACUUUCAAAAAUGCCUCUGUCGAGGUCGUUAUCGAUGUCAUCUUUAAGUGGGCUGCCACUGUGGGAAGAAGAGAGUUUACCUGUUGAGGAUUUGUACCUGUUUGAAAUCGCGUGGGAGGUAACCAACAAAGUGGGUGGUAUAUAUACUGUCAUUCAGACUAAAGCUAAAAUAACAGUGGAUGAGUGGGGGGAGAACUAUUUCAUGAUGGGUCCUUAUUAUGAGCACAACUUCAAGACUCAGGUGGAACAGUGUGAUCCUCCAAGUGCUGCUAUCAAGAUAGCCAUGGACUCGCUUAAGAAUAGUGGAUGUCAGGUGUACUUUGGCCGCUGGCUGAUAGAGGGCAGUCCUUAUGUCAUUCUGUUUGACAUCGGGGGUGCUGCCUGGAACUUAGACCGCUGGAAGGGGGAGCUUUGGGAUACAUGUGGUAUUGGGCUUCCGUACCAUGACAGGGAGGCUAAUGACUGUCUGAUCUUUGGUUCUCUUAUUGCCUGGUUCUUCAAAGAGUUAACAGAUCAGCUCCAGGACAAACCCAACGUCAUUGCUCACUUUCAUGAGUGGCAAGCUGGAGCAGGACUCGUACUUAGCCGCUCUCGCAAAAUCCCCAUGGCAACCAUUUUCACCACACACGCCACUCUGCUGGGACGCUACUUAUGUGCUGGGAAUGUGGAUUUCUACAACAACCUGGACAAGUUUAAUAUAGAUCGGGAGGCUGGAGAGAGACAGAUCUAUCACCGGUACUGUCUGGAGCGCGCGGCUGUGCAUUGUGCUCAUGUCUUCACCACAGUGUCUCAAAUCACCGCUGUGGAGGCCAAUCACAUGCUCCACAGACAACCAGAUGUGGUGACCCCAAACGGCCUGAAUGUGAAGAAGUUCUCCGCCGUGCACGAGUUCCAGAACCUUCACUCCACAAACAAAGCUAAAAUCCAAGAGUUUGUCCGUGGACAUUUUUACGGCCAUCUGGACUUCAAUCUGGAGAAAACGCUCUUCUUCUUUAUCGCAGGCCGGUAUGAGUUCUCUAACAAAGGAGCUGACGUGUUCCUGGAGUCUUUGUCCAGACUCAAUUACUUGCUAAGGGUGCAUAAGAGUGACGUGACUGUGGUGGUCUUCUUCAUCAUGCCAGCUAAAACGAACAACUUUAACGUUGAGUCACUGAAGGGACAAGCAGUGCGCAAACAGCUAUGGGACACUGCCCAUGCAGUGAAGGAGAAGUUUGGCAAACGACUGUAUGAGGCUUUAUUAAAAGGGGAAAUCCCAGAUAUGAACAAGAUUCUGGACAGGGAUGACUUCACCAUCAUGAAGAGGGCCUUGUUUGCCACACAGAGACACACACUGCCUCCAGUCACCACUCAUAACAUGCUGGACGAUUCUACAGACCCAAUUUUAACCAAUGUCCGCCGCAUUGGCCUGUUCAACAACCGCAACGACAGAGUCAAGAUUGUGUUCCACCCAGAAUUCCUAUCCUCCACUAGUCCCCUGCUCCCCAUGGACUAUGAAGAGUUUGUUAGGGGCUGUCACUUAGGAGUAUUCCCCUCCUACUAUGAACCCUGGGGUUACACACCAGGAGAGUGUACUGUGAUGGGUAUCCCCAGUGUGACCACAAACCUCUCUGGGUUUGGCUGCUUUAUGGAGGAGCAUGUUUCAGAUCCGUCUGCCUAUGGGAUCUACAUUGUUGACCGGCGGUUCCGCUCAGCGGACGAGUCUUGUAAUCAGCUGACUCAGUUCAUGUUUAGUUUCUGCCAGCAGUCCCGGCGUCAGCGCAUCAUCCAGCGGAACCGAACUGAGAGACUGUCCGACCUGCUGGACUGGCGCUAUCUCGGACGGUUUUACAUCCAUGCCCGACGCCUGGCCUUAAGCAGAGCUUUCCCAGACACAUUUAAAAUGGACACAUUUGUCCCUCCUCCGGUGAGCACUACGCAGGGUUUCCGUUACCCACGACCCCAGUCUGUACCCCCGUCCCCUUCUGCCUCCAUCCACUCUACUCCUCAUCACAGCGAUGAGGAGGAUGAGGAGCCAUAUGACGAAGAUGAGGAGGCAGAGCGAGACAGACAGAAUAUCAAAGCACCCUUUACUCUUGGAGCUGUGCCACCGGGUAAGAAGAAACAGCCAGGAGAAUACGGCAAUUAGAAGCCAUAUCCUAUCUUCCCUAGUCCUAACCCUAGUGUGAAAACUUAGGCCAUCAGGGAACACGCCCCCUUACACUGUUUACACCAAUGUUGCAGCAGUGAAGAGCCACACCCAGUUACAACUUUCAGAGCAGUGUAACUAGAAUUAGACCCAGAGUAAUACACAUAUUUUAUGGCAACAGUAGCCAGUUUUCCACAGGCCAAAUAUUUGUAAUAUACAGUUUAUAAUGCUGUUACAUCUGUGUGUGAACCAGUCAAAGAGUUUUGCAAUGCCUUAUCUUUGUCUUCUCAGUAUGACACUUAUGAACUAACUUUUCAAAAAGGGUAUAAUGUCGACCUGGAUAUUGUGGACAUUUCUACAGUAAUGUUUUGGCAUCCACUUAAAAUCAUAUUUAUGCUCUGCCAUAGGAGAUGCUUUUAUAUAUAUAUAUAUAUAUAUAUAUAUAUAUAGAUAUAGAUAUAGAUAUAGAUAUAUAUAUGUAUAUAUUGUGCCAAUGCCAUUCAUUUUCUGAGAGAUUAGUAACGUAACACUAAGAAUAAAGAAAACAUUUGUGAUAUUAAGGCAAA